AUUGACAACGACACAUCGACUUUUGUAGAUUUUGAUACUUUUGUCACGCACGUAUCGUUAAAAGGAGUGUAACCCGCUAGGUUCCGGCGAUCUUUUUUUCUUUGUCUGUUCGAAGAGAAUUAGGAAAUAUAGCACACUGCAUUUCUUUUUUGUUUCUUGAAAGAGGUGGUUGAAUGUGCCAGUGAGAGGAUUGUUUUUAUGUGAUAUGCGAAGUUAUGGAUUUUUUGUUUACAAAAUAGAAUAAUGCUUUUGGAGUUUUUUGUUGAACAAACAAAUCUAUGCAGUGAUCAAACUGUAACGAUAUGCUAGUGAUGUUACUGAAAAUGUAAAGUUCAUAAAUCAUUGAUAUAAGAUUCAAUAAAAAUGGCAAGCUUACGAGGACAUAAAUCCUCAGAGCCAUAUCAGGAGUUGGAUGAGAUCCGAGGUGCAGAGUUGAAUAAUGUAAUAAACUCUGCGGUAAGGAACCACAUGUCCAGUGAUUUUGGCCUUGACAGGUCACUAGAGCUUACAUCUGUUGCUGUUGUUCCGGAUGAUACUUUCACAGUCAGUCAAGCUAUCAAUCUCUUAGGCUUUGGAAGAUUUCAAGUGAAACUUUCGUUAUUUACCGGUCUAUGCUGGAUGGCUGAUAGCAUGGAAAUGACCAUUCUUAGUAUUCUUAGUCCAACAUUACACUGUGACUGGGGAAUCUCAAGGUAUCAGCAAGCCCUAACGACAACUGUAGUUUUUCUGGGAAUGAUGCUCAGUUCCACAUUUUGGAAUAACUUAAGCGAUCGUUAUGGUAGGAAAAAAUCAUUGACGUUAUGCGGAGUAUUACUAUUUUAUUAUGGAUUUUUAAGUUCCUUUGCGCCAAAUUUCUUGUGGAUUUUACUACUUCGCGGACUCGUCGGAUUUGCUAUUGGCUGUGUUCCUCAAUCAGUAACGUUGUAUGCUGAAUUUUUACCAGCAGAACAGAGAGCAAAAUGUGUGAUUCUUCUAGAUUGUUUCUGGGCACUUGGUGCUUGUUUUGAAGUGGCAUUGGCAUUGGUGGUAAUGCCACAUUUAGGAUGGAGAUGGCUACUAGUUUUAUCAACAAUACCAUUAUUUUUAUUCUUUAUAAUAACACCGUGGCUGCCGGAAUCAGCUUCCUACGACAUGAUGAUGGGACGCACAGAUAAAGCACUCACAACAUUAGAAAGAAUAGCGCGAGAAAAUGGAAAGCCAAUGCCAUCAGGGCGUCUUGUAAUCGAUCGGGUAUAUCCAUCGAGCCGAGGAAAAUUGGUCGAUUUGUUGAAUAAAGACAUGUACAAAACAUCAGUAUUACUCUGGCUUGUUUGGAUGGCAAGUGCAUUUUGUUACUACGGAGUCGUGCUCAUGACAACAGAACUUUUUGACACAUCAGCCGAUCAAUGCGGUGACCAAGUAGCUGAGGAACGAAUUCAAGAACGCCAAUGCUUGAUAAACUGUCAACUAAGCCGAAGCGAUUACAUGGAUUUAUUAUGGACGACUCUCGCCGAAUUUCCCGGUAUUUUCUCUACAAUCUACAUUAUAGAGAAAAUCGGUCGUAAGAAGACCAUGGCAUUCCAGUUAGUGAUGUUCGCUGUAGUCGUCUGUUUUUUGGGUCGUGCCUGUCGCCUCAGUCGUUUUGUACUUACCCUCAGUUUAUUUCUUGCGAGAGGUUUGAUUGCUGGUGUUUUCCAAGCUGCUUACGUUUAUACACCCGAACUCUAUCCAACGUACUUGAGGAGUACUGGUGUGAGUGCUUGCAGUGCAAUGGCGAGACUAGGUGCUAUGGUCACACCUUAUAUCGCACAGAUUCUACUUAGGUGGUCAGUACCUACGGCUAUGGGUACUUAUGCGAUUACUGCAUUGUGCGCGGCUUUUGCCAUUAUUGCACUGCCCGCCGAAAUAAGGAAACGUUGAGGCUCAAAUAUGAGAUUUCAUGAGCGAUAAGAUGGUGCAUCUUUUUUUACGUGUUAAUUUGAAAAUGGAUUUUUUUAGCGUUUGUCAAUGACUGUAAUUACAAGUCACUUUAAAUCAUUCUUUGAAUGUUAUGGUAUUAUUUCAUCUAUCAAGUACUUUAAUUCAUUAGUAGUUAUUUCCAGUUAUUUGAAAGUGUACUUUCAUAAUUCUAUUUAUAAUCAAGUUCAAUUAAAUUUAUUUAAAGAUUGACGUGUAUAUUCUAAACUAAAUUAUGCAAUCAAAAAUUUAUUAUUGUUAACAAAUUAUCAAACUACACUGUUUUUCAAAUCCACUGCCUUUCAAAUUUAA